AUGUGCGCCAUCGCAGGCCCACGAUAAGAGGUCGCGAUAUUCAGGGCUGGCUGGUGUUCACAGCUCCUCUUUUUAUGCUCCCCCGUUCCUGCAUCCUCAAGCAACUACCACGAGGAGCCUGUUCGCAAUGCUCUUCAUGAUCAUCGAGCGCUUCCGCUCAGGUGACGCCGCUCCAGUAUACGCGCGAUUCCGCUCCCAAGGACGCCUCGCUCCCGAGGGAUUAAAGUACAUCUCCAGCUGGGUCAGCGAAGACAUGUCACACUGCUACCAGCUCAUGGAAGCGGACAAGACGGAGCUCUUGGAUGAAUGGAUGAGCAAUUGGAAAGACUUGGUGGAUUUUGAAGUCGUCCCUGUUGUUACGUCGGCCGAAGCGAGUGCUAGGGCCGGGAAAGAGGAGGAGAAGCAAUGUCCGCAAGGCAGUGCCACUGAAUGAUUCGAUGCCGAGGCGCCAGAUGCCCCCAAGGGCUCUCCAGAGCGGCAGAUUCACGACGGAGCAAGAAACAUGGAUGCCAUUGAGAGCCAGCAAAGCCGUCAGAUCUCAGAACAAAUCAUUGGCAUCCAGAGGCGUUAAAGAACUGGACACCUUUCACACAAGGCGAAGCACCUGCCGGCGCCAAGAUGCAC